GGCGGCGGAGGCGAGCGGUCGGGCCCGGGCGGCCCGAGGGUGGAGUCAGUGUCUAUGGAGAGCAUUUCGGAGGGCUAUGUUCGGCCACCAGUAGACUGCAUCAUCGCUCACAGCAUGAUUGGUUUCAUACAAUCUCGCCGAUGCUGCAGGUCCGUCGUUCAGCUUUCUCACACCGGCUCUUCCUUUAGCAGGUAAAUGGAGCGGUUUGGUUGGGCGAUGAGUGACCCUUCGCAUGCGGCCCAAUGCAGUGCCUAGCAGUUCCUGCACAGGAAGAGGCAAACAUGAGUGGAGGAAGCGAGCAAGUCGACAUCCUACCUGUGGCAUUUGUGGUGAAGGAUCGGUGGAAGGUGCUGAAGAAGAUCGGUGGUGGGGGUUUCGGGGAGAUUUACGAGGCCACAGACCUGCUGCUACGGGAAAAUGUAGCCCUGAAGGUGGAGUCCGCCCAGCAGCCCAAGCAGGUACUCAAGAUGGAGGUGGCCGUGCUCAAGAAGUUACAGGGGAAGGACCACGUGUGCCGCUUCAUCGGUUGUGGCCGGAAUGAGAAGUUUAACUACGUGGUAAUGCAGCUUCAGGGCCGUAACCUUGCUGACCUGAGGCGCAGCCAGCCACGAGGUACCUUCACCAUGAGCACCACCCUGCGCCUGGGCAAGCAGAUUCUGCAGUCCAUCGAGGCCAUCCACUCUGUUGGCUUCCUGCACCGUGACAUCAAACCGUCAAACUUUGCAAUGGGGCGUCUCCCCUCCACCUUUCGAAAGUGCUACAUGCUGGAUUUUGGCCUAGCACGCCAGUACACCAACACAAACGGAGAGGUUCGGCCGCCCCGUGCCGUGGCUGGAUUCCGAGGGACAGUUCGUUACGCAUCUGUCAAUGCUCACAAAAACCGGGAGAUGGGCCGACACGAUGACCUUUGGUCCUUGUUCUACAUGCUGGUGGAGUUUGCCGUUGGUCAGCUACCCUGGAGAAAAAUCAAGGACAAGGAACAGGUCGGGCUGAUUAAGGAGAAGUAUGACCAUCGGAUGCUGUUGAAGCACAUGCCCUCAGAAUUCCAUCUGUUCCUCGACCACGUCUCCACUUUGGAUUACUUCACCAAACCAGAUUAUCAGCUGAUUAUGUCGGUACUGGAGAGCAGCACCAAGGAGCGCUGCAUCACGGAGAACGAGGCCUUCGACUGGGAGAAGGGAGGGACCGACGCUCUGCUAUCCACCAGCACCCCUACCCAAGCUCAGCUGCAUACCAAACAGACCGCUGCUAUGUUCGGAGUGAUCAAUGUAACUCCAGUGCCUGGGGACGUACAGCGGGAGAACACAGAUGACGUCCUGCAGGACGAGCACCUCAGUGACCAGGAGAAUGCACCAGCCAUGAUCCCUGGCAGGCCCACCGACCUCUCCGGGGCACCUCCCAAUCUGGCCCUAGAAACGGACGCUUGGGAUGAGACCGACAUCAAUCGCAACAAACUACGGAUCAGCAUGAGCAAGACGCAGUGUGUGCUGGAGGACGAACCCAGUCGUAUUCCGUGCCCCAGCUCCCCUGUCCGAGGGGCUGCUGACAGCAGCCAGACCGCCCUGCGGUAUCGCCGUGUCAACAGUCCUGAAUCUGACCGGCUCUCCACCACUGAUGCCCGUGGCGAGGCUCUGGACAAACGGUCCCGGGCGGAUCUCCUGGGCUCCCCAUCCCGCCAGGCCCAGGUGGUGCUGCUCAGCUCGGGGCAGGAGCAGGCAGGGGCUGAGAGGCCGGUCAGCGGACGACUGGAGGUCUCUGCCUCAGCGGAGCAGGAGGCUCUGAGUACUGCCUUCCGGUCAGUGCCGCUGGCCGAGGAGGAAGACUUCGACAGCAAGGAGUGGGUGAUCAUCGAUAAGACUGAGUUGAAGGACUUCCAGCCGGGCGUGGAGGCCAGCUCUUCUGGUACUACCGAUGAGGAACCCGAGGAACUGCGGCCCCUGGAGGGGGCAGAAGCUGCCCGUCCCAGGGUCCUAGAGGAGGAGGGCAGCAGGAGGACAGCCCACUGCCCCUCCACCUCAGAGAGUGGGAGGGAGCUACGAGCCAGCAGUCCCGGCCGCUCACCACUCCACCACUCACAGCCGGGUCCACACACUGCACGCCGUGAGUCAGAACUCUCCACCUCCGAACACCAGAUGGCGAUGCCCACUGUGGACUGGACACCCCCGGGGGUAUCGGGAGCCUCCACCAGCCCCCCACAGCUCUGGGUCACCCCUGUGGGCUGGCACCUGGUGCAAUGUGAGGCGGGGUCAAAGGGCGAAGAGCUGGCCAGCAGUGGGGCUCCAGAGGAGGGGGUUGGCACGGGGCAGGGUGAGCUGAGCUCAGAGGAGAGCAGCAGGAGCAGUGGGAGCAGCCAGGAGGCAGCGGCCUCCACCCUGCUGGCAGAGGAGGGCCGGGGGCCAGGGCUGGGUCCAGUGCCAAGCCGGGGGCUGGAAGGUGAGGCUGAGCUCGAGGAGGGAUCCAGGACUCUGGUGCUGUUCUCACCAGGGGACGCCCAGCGAUCGCCACUGCCCGAGGUGGCCCAAGAGGGUGAGCAGGGUACACUGGCUGCCCUCACUCCACAGGGUGAGAGGGCGCAGCCCCUGGGAAGCCAGCUAGACGUGUCUGAGCCCGGCACCCUCUCCUCCCUCAUCAAAUCGGAGGCCAGGCCACUGGGCCCACCACCAGCUGCUGCAUCCUGCCCCUUCACAAAGGUAGAGCGCACCUUCCUGCACAUCGCUGAGAAGAGCCACCUCAAUGUCAUGUCGUCAGGUGGGCACCUCCUGCCCCAUGACCAUUAUGAGUUCUUCCAGGCCCUGGAGCCAGGCGGGGAGAGCCUGCAAAAUGGGCCAGCCACCCCACAGUCAACACUAGGCCGGGGGAGGAGGGCCCGUGGCCCUCGUUCUCCCUGCCAGCCUGCCCGACCGAGCCGCAUACCAGUGCUGCUGCCCGAGGAGGAUACGGGCUCUGAGCACUCAGCCUCGGCUUCUGCCUCCCUGAGGGAGCGAUUGGGCCAAAGGGGCAGCCGGCCCCCUCCUGGCUUGGCCCGGCUGCUGGUGGGCCGCAGGCAGGGUUCCCGCAUCCCUGGCGACCAGCAACCCCCCACUGCCUCUGAGGAGGACACAGCCUCUGACAACUCCCUGCACCGGACCCCCGGACGCAGACCACAUAGCAGGAUCCCACGGCCUAUCAGCCCCGCAAAGACCCCGCGGACCCCCUGGGACAGGAGUCUGGCGCAGAACAGCCCACCACGGCCAGGGCACAGGACCAGCUUCCCUGCCCUGGUUCCUGCCUCUCCCACUGAGGAUGCUGUGAAGGCGGCCAUAUCGGCAGCAGGCAGUCCUUGCUCCCAGGGAGGGACGUUGCGCUGUUCCGAGAGUCCAGCCCUCCCCUCCCGCAGUCUCAGCGCCUCAGCCAGGAUGCGCCCCCAGUCGAGGACAGACAGCCCGUCACCGUGCCGGGUCAGGAGGGCAACCUUGGAGAGCCGGAGGCAGCACACACCCUUGUCUGGGGCUGGUCCCAGGCCACAGCUCAGUCCACCAGCCCACUCCUCCAAGGCCAGGGCCCAGUGCGUGGUCAGCAGAGCCAGGCAGCGGGCAGCCAGCUCAGUGACCAGUUCGGCCGAGCGGCAAAUCUUCUGCCCUUGAAGCCUCUACGCCCUGGAUUGGUGAAGGACGGCUGGUACAAGCAGGGUUCCAGGAACUCCACCAGAAUAUUUAACGGCUUCUACAAAGCAGUUACCUUAACGUUUACACAUUUGCAGUUAUAUUGUAAGAUAUGGGGGGUGAUGUAUGCUGCAUGGCACCUGUAUUCCCAGCUCCGACCGAUGGCAUGCGUUCGAUUUCUGCAGCACAGCCCUCUGCGCCUCACCAGGAGCAUCCGAUGGACUCCUCCCAGCACCGGCUGCUCUUGUCCCUGCCCUGGCACAAUGGGUGUGAGUGGCAGGCAUUCUGGCUUGGCCCAGGCCAUUGGCAUCACCUGUCACCGGCACUGAACUUUAAUUAAACACCCUGAUUGCUUGCUCCUCUCUGUGGUUGGACCUAGCCUCCUGUCGGUCAUGAUGCAGCGCUGAGACACCUAAAACUGACGUGAAUCUACAAGGAAGUCAUCACUCACAAACCCAGUUGAAGGGAAGAACGUCACCCAAGGCGGGACUAGGCCAGGGUCAGGGGUCAGCCCACUGACCCUGUGGUGGUGACCUGGGGUGUUUGGGGGCAACCUGGUGAACUUAAGGAGUCAGGGGUCAGUCUGGUGACCCUGCAGGGUUUGGGUUUGACUUGGAGGGUCAGAGGGUUGGCCCAGUGACCCUGGCGGUGGGGGGGUGGAGGGUAGGGUUGAUGACCUGGGGUAGAGCUGGUGGCGGGUGGGGUUCGGGAGGUGUGGAUGCUCCUGACCAGCUCCCUGGGAGCAGGAGCUCACUGCCCUGUCACAUCAGCCCACUGUUCCAAUGUUUGCGACUACACCUUGAAUCCAGGAGCCUGAUCUCAUCGAUCCAUACUCCAGCACUCCAGGGUAUCCCUGUGUGAAUGCGAUGACUCCUUUAGUUCUGAGCAGCUGGGAAGACAGAGGCCAUGGGACAUCCUGCAGCCCUGACUGGGUGGCUUGGACACAGAAAGAGAGAAGCACGAUCCAGCAGAAACAACGCAGCAAGGAGUGGGAGACAACGACCCACUGCACAUACACACGCGGUUCUGGUCACCACAUUAUAGAAGGGAAGGGGUUGCCCUGGAGAUGGUGCAGAGGAGGAUCACCUGGGACAGAGGACUGUAGUCACAGGGAGAAAUUGGAUAGGCUGGGCUUGUUUAUCCUGAAGUGAAGGUGGCUGAAGGAGUCACCUGGUAGAAAUAGAUAAAAUAAUGAGAGGCAUUUAUAGGGAAGAUCAUCAGAAUCUUUUUAGUAAGGAUAUGAAAAUCAAGCGCCUCAGAUUUAGGGUGAGAGGAGGGAGUUUAAAGGGAUUCUGACUGAUAAUUUUUACACAGAGAGUGGCUGCUAUCUGGAACACACUGCCAGAGGGGGAGCUAGAAUCAGGUAUAGUCACUGCAUUUAAGAUGCAUCCUGAGUAUCACUGCAUAGAGUGAUACUGUCCUAAUAGGACUAGCGCAGAUGGACCAAAGCUUGGCAUGGACUUGGUGGACCAAAGGGCUUAUUUCUAUGCUGUACAACUAUGACUAUAACUAUUUUUGUGCCAUCUGCAAACUUACUAAUCACAUGUUAACAUUCACAUCCAAGUGGAACGGUGAGGGUCCCCACUGAUCCUUGUGGUACACCACUGGUCACAGGCCUCCAAUACACCCCUCCAACUGUCCUCACUCUCCUUCCGCCCAUCCUUUCCUUCUACCUAGCUCUCACCCUCUCGCCGUCUUUAUCCCUCAUCCUAACUGCCAGCCCCUCUCCCCCUCGCUCUCUUGCUCUCUCUCUGUCUCUCGCUCACUCUCACUCUCCCACUCAUAUCACCCCUCCUCCCUCCUCCUUGUGCUCCUGUCCCUCCGUCUCCCUCUUUCUCCCACAUCACACUCUUCUCCUCUCCCACCACUCCCCCCCCCCACCCAUCUCCCUCUCCUUACCGCCCCUCCCAAGCUUUGGCAUGUCAGGAUCAUGUGCUGCAUAUUAAUUUGUCAGUCCUGCUGUCACUGUAGGCUGGUGCAGGGCUCUGGUGAGUGUGGGUUCUGUGAGAGGACGUUCCCUGGUCUGCCUAGCCCAGUCUAGUUAAUAGUUGGAUAGUGAAGGACUGUGUUCCUGAACACCCGCUUUGUUCACCACACCCCAAUCAUAUAAUUGGCAGAUUAUUGGAGUCAGGCGGUGUGCAGGGUCCUUGCAAGCCCAGUGUCCCUGCUGCUGUGCGCCAGUAU